CUUUGACGCGCCCACAAUCUGCUUACCAUGACAUCAAUCCAUGUUUUCUAGAGCCAAAUAACCAACAAUUGGUGCACCAUGGCGACAGGCCGGGAGGAACGGAUGGCCUCGCGCCUACGCGGAGCGCAGCGCCACCAAGUCGAAGACGUCUCCUUCGGGAUCAUCCUCCCCACCGAAGAUGAGCAGCCCGAGGUCCACACCGCCGCGCAAUCCCCGCCAAGCGCACCGGCGCCAACACGGUCGACUCCAAACACGUCCGCCCAGAGGCGACGAAUAGCCGGCCCCAAACCAAGCAGCGCCGACCGCCCGGCCGCCCAACCGUCCACGGCAACCAGGACGCGAUCAGCCCGGGUCCCGGCGCCACCCGUUCCCGUUCCGGCGCCCGCUACCAGCGCAGGCAGGACGCGCCUCGCCGCAGCGGCGGCGGCGGCGCGGCCCAACAUCUACGACAUCCCCGACAACACCUCGGACGAGACGCCGUCGCGCCGACGAGGCGCAGUUGUGACGACGGCGGCGUCGUCGACGACGAGGCGCUCCUCCGCGCUCCGCCGCCCCUUCACCCGACCUCCGCCGGCUGACGAUGGCGACGAGGACGAUCUCGAGUCCCUCCCCGGCGGGGGACCAACACCGACAAAUCCGGCCCAGGCGGCGUCUCGGCAGCGGCCGUCUCUACCGCCGUCGUCCCUCCGCCGCCGCGGUGCCGGUUCGCCGACCCCAGCUGCCGCCGCCGCCGCCGCUCCUCGCUCCCCCGGCGUGCUCGUCACCGAGGAGGUGGCCGAGAGCCCCGCGGACGCGCCGGGGAGCGGGCAGCGGAGGAUGGUGAUGCGCGGGGCGGUGGCGUCGAGCGCGCUGCUGCAGAGGAUUGUUGGCGUACAGGACGACGGGGAUGAGGACGAGGUCGGGGCCGUCGGGGAGGAGACAGUGGAUGUGGCGCGGCUGGCGCAGGCGAGCUCGCCGCUGACGAGGAAGUCGAGACCCCUAGUGGCGGGCGCCCGGUCGUCGACGACGACGAGAGCAAGGAGCGUGAGGGUUGAAGGGGGUGGCGGGGUGGAUGGGUUGGAUGAGCUGUCGCCGGAGAAUGUGAGGCGGGGUGCUGGGAUUCCGAGGAGAGGUGUGGCUGAUGAUGUUGACGAGCUGUCGCCCGAGAAUACGAGGCGGAGCGCUAGGCUUUCGGCGGCACAUGUUGCCGACCAAGAGGAUGAGCUGUCGCCGGAGAAGGCCGGUGAAGAUGAGCAGCCAAAGUCCGCCGCGCCAUCCCAAAGGGGCAGAAAGGCGAGGGGACCUGCGGUGUCCUCGCAAACUGGACAGAGCAACCGAUCCGGGAGAGGCGAGACGAUAAAGCGUCCAGUACAGCAGAAACAGGCCGCGCCCGUCACCGAGAGAGAAGAAGAACAGGAGGAGGCGGAGGAGAUCGAUGAGCGGGAGGCUGCUCGGCGACUAGGAAGGAAGCGGCCUCGACGGAGCAUGCCGGAACCAUCACCGGAGUCGGAUCCCCAACCCGCCGAGGAGGAACGGGCCGCCAAGAAGCGCCGCCGAAAGGCCCCAGAGAGCCCGGCAGUGCAGCGGCAACCAAGGGCGGAGAAGCAUCCCGCAAGGCCACGGGCCAAGCCCGGGAACGCGGCCAGGCGGAAGCGCGACGCCGUCGAUGAGCUCGAGGGCGACGCGGCGAACGGGACAGUGCCGGUGACGGUUCAGAGAUUUACGAAGAAAGUGGUCCGUUACGAUGCCGACGACACAGGCGCGGACAUCCUCAGCUCCGAUAUACCCUUCGCGAACCGCGGCGGGGUCAACGCCAUCGAUGUCCUGUCGCAGAUGUGCGAGGUGCUCAUCGAUAAUUUCCUCUCCAACCUGGAGGAGCGGGCGAGGGAUGCCGAGGAUAGUGCUGCCAGGCGGGAGUUCCGGACCAUGAUGAGAGCUCUCGAGGCGUUCCGUGAGGAGCUCAGGACGAGAUUUCUGGAGCAGACUAUUGCGUUGGAUGCGCUGCACGCUCUGCGGAAGCGAGUGCGCGCCGCCCAAAAGGAGAAGCUCGCGCUUCGCGAUGAGAUCCUCAGUAUCAGGGCUGAGAGAGACCAAGUGGGCUUGCGGAUGGAUGCAGUGCGAAUCAAGCACGAAGCAGACAGCAAGGAAGCACUGCGCAACAUACAUUUAUCCUCCACCAUGCACGACAUCGACCUCGCCGUCGAGGAAGGGCUGGCGGCUCCCCCCCUCCCCGCCGCCCAGGAGAGGGAGGCGGAGCUGGCGAACCUGGAACUGCUGAUCGCGAGGGUGGCGGACCAGGCUUGCACGAACAGCGACGGCGGCGGGGCGCUGGGGCGGAUGAGGGAGUUCAAUGCCUUCUUGGAGCGGGCUGCUGCCGUUCUAGAAGGGAGGUAGAUGGGCGCCUGGAUGUUACACAACACACACGAGAGACAAGAUGCUAAGGAUGGGACAGGAAAAUGUUAAGUGGCGUCUCUUGGCGGCCUUGCUUAGUUGGGCAUAUGACGGAUAAUGAGACAUGAGUCAAGGUAUACGGCGGUUUUCAUGGGAUUGGCUGUACAUUAUUAUCAAUGAGGCAGACGUAUAAAUCCAUGAGGAGCCCGGUAGGCAAGGCAUUCCAUCCGAUUUGAACUUUGUCCACAAGUGCCGCAAGUAGCCUUACCCGGAGAC